GGACCCGGACGGCGGCAGCCUGCGGCUGCGCGCGGGUCCCAAGCGCUUCUGGCUGCCGCCCCCGCCGCCGGGCGGCAUGAGCCGGCGGCCGCAGCCCUAGAGCCCGCUCUUCGCCGGGCGGCCAGGCUGCGGGGACGGGUGCUGGCUGCAGGCAGGGUUGGGGGCCAUGAAGCCGAGUCCGGCCGCGCCGGAGAAGGAGCUGGAGCCGCAGGCGCCGGCCCGGGGCGAGCAGCGCGCGGCGGAGCCCGAGGGGCGCUGGAGGGAGAAGGGCGAGGCGGACACGGAGCGGCUGCGCACCCGGGAGCGGCAGGAGGCCACGCUGGCCGGGCUGGCGGAGCUGGAAUACCUGCGCCAGCGCCAGGAGCUUUUGGUCCGCGGCGCCCUGCGCGGCGCCGGGGGCCCGGGGGUGGCUGCGCCCCGCGCCGGGGAGCUGCCGGCGGAGGCGGCGCAGCGCAGCCGCCUGGAGGAGAAGUUCUUGGAGGAGAACAUCUUGCUGCUGCGGAAGCAGUUGAAUUGUUUGAGGAGAAGAGAUGCUGGUUUGUUGAAUCAGUUGCAAGAACUCGACAAGCAGAUAAGUGACCUGAGACUGGAUGUAGAAAAGACAUCUGAAGAGCACCUGGAGACAGACAGCCGGCCCAGCUCAGGGUUUUAUGAGCUGAGUGAUGGGGCUUCAGGAUCCCUUUCCAAUUCGUCUAACUCGGUCUUCAGUGAGUGUUUAUCCAGUUGUCAUUCCAGCACCUGCUUUUGCAGCCCCUUAGAGGCAACCUUGACUAUCUCAGAUGGUUGUCCCAAAUCUGCAGAUGUGCAUCCCAAGUACCAGUGUGAUCUGGUGUCUAAAAACGGGAAUGAUGUGUAUCGCUAUCCCAGUCCUCUUCAUGCCGUGGCGGUGCAGAGCCCGAUGUUUCUUCUUUGCCUGACGGGCAACCCCUUGAGGGAAGAGGAGAGGCUUAGUAACCAUGCCAAUGACAUUUGUGUUGGAUCUGAGCUGGACACCAUCAAGACAGACACUUCCUUGCCAUCCCCAAGCAGUUUGUGGUCGGCUCCUCAUCCUUCAUCCGCUAAGAAGAUGGAUGGCUACAUUCUGAGCCUGGUGCAGAAAAAAACACACCCCGUAAGGACCAACAAACCAAGAACCAGUGUGAAUGCUGACCCCACAAAGGGGCUCCUGAGGAAUGGGAGUGUUUGUGUCAGAGUGACUGGGGGCAUCUCACAGGGCAGUGGUGGGAACCUUAAGAAUCCUAAACAGGUACCUUUGCCCUCUGGUGGAAGCUCCUCUUUGGAUAGUGGAACACUGUCCCCACUGAAGCAGUGGUCAAAAGAAGCAAAGGCAGAACAACUGGAAAGCAAGAGGUUGCCCCUGCCAGAGGGCUGCUCUCCAGCCAUGGCGGCCACUGAACUUCAGAGUAAGCGUCUACCCAAAAACGCCAAGCCAGCCUCUCAGGAACAUCUUCGGUGUCCCACCACUCUGGCAGCAGAGACCCCUAAGGAAAGCUCUCCGAUCCCAGCUUCCUCUGCGAAAGAGAGCCCCGGGCGAGUCCCCGCCCCACUGCAUGAGAACAAAGUUGUCCAGCCACUAAAAAAGGUAACACAGAAAAACAGCCUGCAGGCUGUCCCUCCGGCGGCACCCCCUCCCGUGACUCCUGCACUGCUCUCUUCAGCUUUCGCGGUCGAAGAACGGCCUGCCCUGGAUUUCAGAAGUGAGGGCUCUUCUCAGAGUCUCGAGGAAGGGCCUCUAGUGAAGGCGCAGUUCAUCCCCGGGCAGCAGGCGGGCGCCAGGCCGCCCCGGGGCACCCGGGUCGCCGCCGGCCCGCGGAGCACAACCCUGAAGCAGCGGGCCCAGGCCCCCAACGGGCUGGAGGGCGCACUGCCCACCGUGAGGGAGAAAACCCGGGCGGCCAGCAAGAAGUGUCGCUUCCCCGACGACGUGGAUACAAAUAAGAAGCUCAGGAAAGCCUCGGCCAAGGGCAGGAAGGGCGGGGGCGGCCAGCCCGAGGCGGGGCUCGCCAGCAGGCCACUGGGAGGCGGCCACAGGGCCGGGAACAGGGCGCACGGCCACGGCCGGGAGGCGGUGGUGGCCAAGCCCAGGCACAAGCGAACAGACUCCCGGCGGUGGAGGUCGGCCGCUGAGAUUUCCUACGAAGAAGCUCUGCGGAGAUCCCGGAGGGGUCGCCGGGAGAGCGCCGGCCUGUACCCGGCCGCCGUCCCGCCGCCCUAUGCCAGCCCCUACGCCUACGUGGCCAGCGACUCCGAGUACUCGGCCGAGUGCGAGUCCCUCUUCCACUCCACGGUGGUGGACACCAGCGAGGACGAGCGGAGCAACUACACCACCAACUGCUUUGGGGACAGCGAGUCCAGCGUGAGCGAAGGCGAGUUCGUGGGGGAGAGCACGAGCUCCAGCGACUCCGAGGAAAGCGGGGGCCUGAUCUGGUCCCAGUUUGUCCAGACUCUCCCUAUACAGACGGUCACAGCCCCAGAACUUCACAAGCCCACAAAAACCUUCGUCAAAAUUAAGGCUUCACACAACCUCAAGAAGAAAAUCCUGCGCUUUCGGUCUGGCUCUUUGAAACUGAUGACGACCGUUUGAGUAACACCAUUUGGUGUAGAAAGUGGUUUUUCUCUAAAGGAGACAACGUCGUGGCUUAGAUUUUGUGUGGUGGUUUCAUGGAAUGCUUUCCUUUGUUAAGGUAAAACCGGGGUAAAAUUGUCUCAUCCUUAUCACGUAGGGACACUAGUGCCUUUCAUGGAAGGUGAAGAAUGUUUUGCAGGUUAGAAGUGAUACCGAGUUUUUAAAUGGUGGUGUUAGUGAUGAAUUUUGUGGUAUCAGGUGAUUUUUAUUUAAAAUUUUAUGAGCAUCUGUAAAGGCACAUGUUUUGAUGGUCAAGUCUUAUUGGUAUGAGACCUUUUGAUCUGAAUCUGAAGGUCAGGUGGAUGGAAUUUUAGGACACGCAUUUGCUUCUGGUUCUUCAGGGCCAUGUUUCCCAAGAAGAUUUUCUUCUGAGUGGCAUCACGUACUACUGUGUGACAUAGGUACGAGGGACAUAGUUUUCUGUAAUUUUUUAUAUGGUCUACAUUUCUCAGAUGUAUCCUUAUUCUAUUUUCUUGUCAGAACUGUUUGGUUUACUGGAGUCAAAACUUGAAGACCAGACCCUGAUUCCAGAGAGCUGGUAACCUGGAUAGGGAGGCUGGUAACAAUUUAAAAGGAUUCAGUAAAACUUCUGCCACCCUUGGUGCCUACGCCCUAGUUACAGUAACCUCUUCUAGUGCUGUUUAUUCACAUUUUGAUGCCUUUCUUCUCCCUUAUUUGCAGCAGAUGGAGUCAUUCCUAGAACUUCCCUUUGAGAUAAAUUUUCAUCCUUGGAUACAGAGAAAUUCACUCCUGAAGAAAUAACCCUCGGGUAUAAUAACUCUAAACCCAGAGUUGCUCGCUGAGCACUGUGCCACCUAAGCAUUGGCCCAAACGUAUUAGUGCAAUCCAGUCCAGAUUGGACCACUGACCAUGUAUGGAAGGGCUUUUAAAAGGAAAUUUUUUUUGGUAAACAGUAUUGUGUAAAAUUACUUUUUUAAUACCAAUAUAUGCAUGUUUUGUGCAUGAGUAGUAUUUGUUUUGAUAUUCCUGUUGAUGUUAAAUUACUGUAUGAUAUAAACAGUAUGUGUUUUUAUAUAUCAUUGUAUAAAUUUAAUAUAACACAUUAUGUACUAUAAUAAAUGGUUUGUUUUA